GAAAACAACCAAAAAGUUCCACUCGUCUGCAGUUUCAUUGGGCCAUGACCUAAAGAUGUCAAAUAUUUCUUUAGAGACUGUACCCGAAAAUGUAUUAGGAUCGCGGAAUUUGGCCCAGAAAAUCGUCGAAAUCUGCUUGCUUUUCAUCAUCAAUGUGUUAGCUCUCGGAGGAAAUGUGUUGGUUUGUAUAACAAUCUACAGAAAGCGAGUGUUACGGACGAUUACCAACAUGUUCAUCGUUACACUGUGUGUGACAGACAUUUUGCUCGCGUCAAUUGCUAUGCCUCUCACUCUUGGAUCUUUGAUUAUGGACCACUGGCCAUUCGGUGAAUUGGUUUGUCAAAUUCAGGGAUUCAGUAUUCACCUCCUGGUUUUCCAAUCGCUUCAAAUCAUAACUAUAACAGCGUCGAAUCGAAACUUGAACGUGGUUCGUCCACAUUUUUACAAAAGAAUUUUUACGAAGCUGAAAACUUUGCUCAUUAUUAUCGCUAUCAGCCUCUUCACAGCUGUCAUAAUGGGAACUCUGGUUAUUUUACUCUCCUCGCGUUAUGUGUUCCACCCUCGAAAAGCCAUUUGCGUUAUGACUUUCCCGUCCAUCGAACACAGUCGUCGCUUCACGAUUAUCUUCAGUAUUUUCUUCGUAGCUUUCCCCGCUGUUGUCAUUCUUGCGUGUUACGCGCGAGUUUUACACACAAUUCGCACUCACCGCCGAGAAUACGAAACCGCGCGAGGAGAACACGAUUCAAGAUCGAUUUUAAGCCGAGAAGAAGUCAAACUAUCCAAGAUUGUUUUCAUCAUCAUUUUAGGGUUUUCGUUAUGUUGGAUACCAUGUGUAAUUAUAGAUAUUGCAGAUACCACACAAACGAAGUGGUUUCCCCGCGAAGUCUAUAUGUUUUACACAUUUCUAGCCUACACCAGUGCAGUUUUAAACCCUUGGAUAUAUGGUUUUAUGAACAAAAUGGUUCGAAAAGAGAUGUAUCAUUUAUUAACGUUAUGCAGAAUUCGUUCUUAAAGGUAAAAAUGUUCUCUUGUAAUUUAUUCAAAAUUUGAAAAAUUUUUUAUGCUUUCAUGCAUGUACAACAGUUUUUAAAUUUAAACUUACGUAAUUAUAUAAAUAUUUUAAUGGCUAUUUAAAAGUAAAUGUUUCUAAAAGUUAUGCUUACACGCUUAAUCUGGAGUUAAACUUAUUGAAAUGCCGUAGGCAAAUUAUUUACACGAAACCUAACGGGGAAAAAAAAGAAUGAAAAAAUAAAUUUU